CCAUCAGACUUACGCACUGAUACAUGUAAUCAAAGGAAAGCAGAGGCUGGUUUUCGGUCAGGAUGUAUUAAUUUUAGCAUGUCACAAGAACAUUUCUGGAGCAAAUAAAGAAGAAUAUACUUUCAGCGAAAACUCAUUGGAAUUAACCACGAUAUCUGGAUUUCUUAAAGGGGACUUUUUCCACUGGAUCUUACUUGAAUCGGUGAAAUUGGUUUCGAAAACAAUCUAAAAGUUUUUGGGAGCGGUGAGCAGAUGGACAGGUGACUGACGCGCCGCAGGGAAAGUGUUUCCAUACAUUCGGCUCUGUGCGUAAUAGGUUCGCCUUGACUGAACCACAGUGGACAGCUUUGAAAACUUUCUCCAUGAGUGUUUGAGUGGUGCUACUGGGAACCGCGGAGCUUUCACUGCUUGUCCAGGGGGCUGUCAUCACAAUGGGACGCCUGUGUCUGCUCCUGAUUGUCAGUCUGAGCUUACUCUCCUGCCAGGUUUUAUGCUCCGGAGUGUUCGAGCUCAAGCUGCAGGAGUUUCUCAACAAAAAGGGAAUAGCUGGGAACGUGAACUGUUGCUCAGGAGGCGCCGCGCACCCGCAGGGCCACCAGCAGUGCGAAUGCAAGACCUUCUUUCGGGUCUGCCUUAAACACUACCAGGCCAGCGUCUCCCCUGAGCCCCCCUGCACCUACGGAGGCGCGGUGACUCCCGUGCUUGGCUCCAACUCCUUCCAGGUGCCGGAGACGAACGCAGACAGCUUCACCAAUCCGAUCCGCUUUUCCUUCGGCUUCACUUGGCCAGGGACGUUUUCACUGAUCAUUGAAGCUCUGCACACUGACUCCCUGGACGACCUGACAACAGAAAACCCGGAGCGAUUGAUCAGCAGGUUCACCACUCAGCGACACCUUACCGUGGGGGAGGAAUGGUCCAAGGACAUGCAGACGGCCAGUAGGACGGAGCUGCGCUUCUCCUACCGUUUUCUAUGCGACGAGCACUACUACGGUGAUGGCUGCUCAGUGUUCUGCAGGCCCCGGGAUGAUGCCUUUGGACAUUUUACCUGUGGCGAGCGUGGUGAAAUCAUAUGCAAUUCCGGCUGGAAAGGCCAAUACUGCACUGAACCAAUUUGUCUUCCGGGAUGUGAUGAAGAACAUGGAUUCUGUGAUAAACCAGGAGAGUGCAAAUGUCGUGUGGGCUUCACCGGGCGUUACUGUGAUGACUGCAUCCGUUACCCAGGAUGCCUCCAUGGCACCUGCCAACAGCCAUGGCAGUGCAACUGCCAGGAGGGAUGGGGUGGGCUCUUCUGCAACCAGGACCUGAACUACUGUACACACCACAAGCCAUGUCUUAAUGGGGCCACCUGCACCAACACUGGUCAAGGAAGCUACACAUGCACCUGUCCACCUGGAUAUAUGGGUGCAAACUGUGAGGUCCAAGUCAAUGAGUGUUCAGGAAAUCCUUGUCGUAACGGUGGCAGCUGCAUUGACAAUGACAGUGGCUACAAAUGCACAUGCCCCCCUGGUUUUUAUGGAAACAACUGUGAGUUAAGUGCCAAUACUUGUGCGGAUGGGCCUUGUUUCAAUGGUGGACGUUGUGUGGACAACCCUGAAGGCGGCUACUUUUGUCAGUGCCCAAUGGGAUAUGCCGGUUUCACAUGUGAGAAGAAAAUUGACCAUUGCUCCUCCAAUCCCUGUUUAAAUGGUGCAGAAUGUGUGGAUCUGGUGAACUCCUACCUGUGCAAGUGCCCUGAAGGGUUUUCAGGUCCAAACUGUGAGGUUAGCAGCAGCAUUUCUGGAUACUGUCAAUUCUUUCCUUGUCAAAAUGGUGGAACUUGCCAGGAGACAAUGGAUGGCUACACAUGUAAUUGCCCCCCAGGAUAUACUGGAAUAAACUGCAGCUCUCCUAUCUCUCGCUGCAUUCACAACCCAUGUCAUAAUGGAGCCACUUGCUAUGAACGCGAUGGUCGCUACGUGUGCGCAUGUGUGCCUGGCUAUGGUGGAAAUAAUUGCCAGUUCCUUCUACCAGAGGUUUCUGGGGGUUCCCAGCCAGUCAUUGAUGGACCAGAUCGGCGAUAUUCAUCCUCAGAAAGUGGGAAUUCUGACAUCGGUGAGGAUGAUGACAGCAGGUUUCCAUGGACAGCUGUCUGUGCCGGCGUUUUCCUCGUUCUUGUGAUUCUCAUCAGUUGUUCUGUGCUGGUGGUCUAUGUUCGGGUAAAGCUGCAAACCCGACACAGUCACCAAAGUGACAGCUUUCACAGUGACAGUCAAGAGACAAUGAAUAACCUGACAACCAAUAACUGUCUUCGAAGUGACAAGGAGCUUGGUGGUUUGAUGACAACGUCAAUUAAAAACACUAAUAAGAAGGCAGAUUAUCAUUCUGACCUUGCUGGUUCACUUGGGGGUCUGAGUGGAAUCAGCAGCCUGAAUGGAUCAGAGAAAAAUGGCUUUAAGCCUCGUUAUCCAAGUGUGGAGUACAACCUGGUUCAUGAACUCCGACAAGAAGAUCUUUCGCCAUGUGCAGAGAUGGAAUUUAAAGAGUCAGAGCCCAAAAGCGAAUCACUAGAUGAGCCCAGCACAGAGGAAGAAUUUAGGAAAAGACAAAGCAGUAUUGCAUCAGAAACUAAACCAGUUGCAGAGUCCCCAGGAUGCAGCGAAGCAAAAGAUCUGUCAUGCACUGAUUUAAACUGUCCCACAGCGAUGGAUUCUCAGUACCACUCAACCUGCGAUCUCAAAUUCCAGUCAAGCAGUGAGGCUGUGUACCCCACUCCUAGUGACACCAAAUACCAGUCUGUCUACGUCAUAUCAGACCAGAAAGACGAAUGUAUCAUUGCUACAGAGGUAUAAUUAUGAUAUCAGUUUCCUGUGGUUGAUGUUUAUCCACACACUCACCAACCCUGAGCAGUAGAGCUCAACUUUUUUUUCCGGGAGGUUUUACUCCUGCUGUUUGCUGCUGUUCCCUGGGAUUUCCUAGAGGACUUUGAGCCAAGGUAAAGAGGCGCCAGCGCAGAGUCAUCACCUGCUUGGCCAUAACCGAGGACUACAGUAAUACUACGGGUCGUUUUAGAAUAUUUAGACCUUCGAUGGACGCAGGUCUGUUGGUAAAUAUCUGCUACGGAUAAAGCGCCAGAACAAAGUGCCAGAAACCGUACAGGUCUUGUACCGACACAAUGCUGACUGAGAGUGUCAAAAAAAACUGCCGGAGAACUUAUGAUGAGCUUGCUUGAUGUCUCAUUGCAGCACUGGCAGAUUCACAGCUCAUAAGUCUAUGUACUGUUCUCUCCUGAUAAGCAGCGAUAACCAGCAUUGCCUUGGAUGUCGACCGAUGAUAAUGUACGGUGGUGUACCCACUAAAUGAACAAUGUUGUACCUUGAGUGUACUGAAAACUUAUAAAGUACUGCUGUAGUACUGUUAUGUGCUGUGGUUUUACAUUGCUGUGUAAAAUCUGUCCUGGAUUUCCUACAGUUUUUGUUCUGUGCAGUGCUGCAGAGUUGAGUGUUGAGCUGUUGCAACAGCAGAAGUCCCUUUAGUCAUAGGGUGCCUAUUUUAGGAGAUCAAUUAAUUAAUUUUAAGCAAAUAAAAAAAUUAUUUAAAUUUUAGAAACACUUGUAGGACAGUAGAACACUCUCAAUUCUACAGCACUGACAGAUGUGGCUGAGCUGGUUCUCAGCAGGAAACAGAGACCUGAAAACUCCAGUAGUGACUGCAGAUCGAUCCACCAUGGAUGCUGUUGGGCCAUACUGGCCUCUAAACCCUGACAUGUCUUAUACAAAGGGCAAUAUUUGGGGAAAGGAAAACAAGAACAAAUGUACACAUGAUAUUUAAUUAUCAAAUCACCUGCUCAACCUAAAACUGACAGUUUGGCUUUUUCCUAAACUCUUGAUGAUGUUUUUUUUUUUUUUUCAAGAGAACAAGGCCGAGCUAUAAAGUCUUAACUACCAAGACCUCAUUGCACUAUAGAGGUGUGUGUGAAUAUGUGUGUGUUAAUGAUUGUGUGUAUGACAGUGUGUGUGAAAAGAAGAAACAAAUCCCGCAUUUUUGUCAAUGUAUAGGCUGCCCACUUACCCCAGUCUUCCACUAUCAACCAAUUAAUGGACACCAUCACUCCAGCUGCUGCUGGUUAGGAUCUUUUGUUUUGUUUUGUUUUUAUUUUAUUUGUUAUAUAAAGAAAGAUGUAUGCAUUUAAUUUAAUUAUGUAAUUAUUUUUGUUCCAUUUUGUUGUGCUGUUUUUGUUAUGCCCAAUAUAAUUUAAGUUGUGUUGUUUUUAUUUGGCAGAUGAUGUAUGUAUGUAAGUAUGUAUGUAUGCUUGUGUUAGGCACUUGAGACCACUGUGACUGUGUUGUAUUUAAGAGAAAAGUCGUAUGUACAGAGCCUGUCAUUUUUUAUAACUGGAAAAUGUGAUAUUUUUCCAAAAUAAAAGAUAAAUGAAAUCUUC